CUUAUCAACGAAGAUUACAAUUUCACCUGCUGAAACGGCUAAUUCGUAAUAGUGAGAUUCGAACAUUUUUUUCUUCCAGACUAGCUCCAUCUGACAUGGCCUUCGAACAUGUGUCUCUGAUUUUUGGAAUUUUACUGUGCUUUCCUGUCAUAUAUUCUUCGGUGAUUCUGGAUGGCAUAGAAUAUUGCCAACUCUACAAUCCCCCAUGGGUUAAAUAUAAAGGCUACUGUUAUUUGUUCCAUCAAGAUUGGAAGACUCGAGUUUCCUUUUAUGAUGCAGAGGAUGAAUGCCGUGGAAGAGGAGGACAUCUUGCUUCCAUUCAUUCCGAAGACGAGAACAAUUUUUUUGUCAGAAUGGCUAAUAGUGGUGUAUUCCGAGGUCGCCAAUGGAUUGGACUAAAUAUAUUGAAGGGAAAUACGACUCCUGAGUGGACAGAUGGCACUCCUGUUAACUAUACAAAAAUCGUUCCAAAAGAUUUCUACAAGAAUGAGAAAUGCUUCAUAUUCAUGCGUGAUAAGAAAGGGUGGCGUCCAGAAGAUUGUGGGCUCCACUAUUCUGCAGUGUGCAAAAGACCAGAGGAUGUUACUCCUACCACGAUCGCUCCCCCAACAACUAUUCCACCCCCCUCUGGAUAUUGCCCUAAAGAUUGGAUUCAAUUCGGUCAAAAAUGCUACAAGUUUUUUGGAAAGCUGGAAGAAGACAGAGUGAGUUUUAAACAAGCAAGGGACGCUUGUUGGUCAUUGGGAAAGGGCAAUGAUCUGGUAUCUAUACACAGCAUGGAAGAACAAGCUUUCAUAACCCAACAUUUGUAUGAUUUCGGCUCUUCCGUUUGGAUUGGAAUUCAGAAAGUGGAAUCGGAUGAAAUUGGUCACGAUAUCGUAUUUGGCUGGAUCGAUAAUUCCAGGAGUGAUUUUAAGAAUUGGGCCUCCGGACAUCCAAUUCCAGGAACAUGGAAAUAUUGCGGUAGGUUAAGUUAUGAAGAAGUUGCAAAAGGAGAAUGGAUUUCUGAUUACUGCGAUGUUUCUAAAAGAGGAUAUAUAUGCCAAAGAGAAUCUGAUCCAAGUUUACCAAAACCAGAUCCUGAACCAUCUAAGUGUAAUAAAAACUCUGUCGGAUAUCGUAACUCGUGUUAUCGGUAUUUCCCUACACCAGAAACACAAGUGAAAGCUGAGAAGUCUUGCCAAACUCUAGGGGGACAUCUCGUAUCCAUACAAGAUGGUUUUGAGCAAUCCUUCCUACAUAACUUCAUUCCAAAAUCACAGUCAGUUUGGACAGGUCUAUCGUCAAUUAAAGGCACUUGGUACUUCCGAUGGAGUGAUAAACAACCUGUGUAUUAUUUCAAUUGGGUUGAUGGGCAAUCUGUGUUGAAUACAACAAAACCAUUCUGUGCAUAUUUAGAUGGUAGGAACGUACUCAAAUGGAAAACUGCCGAUUGUUCUACAGAAUUACCAUAUGUUUGUGAAAUUACAGAUGAUAUUGCACCGUCGUUUCCUGAAGUUAUAGGAACUUGUGACAGCACGGAAUCUACAUGGGUUGAUAUAGGAGAUGAGUUUUGUUACCAUGUAGGAAAAGACAAGAACCAUAUUCUCAGCUGGGAUUCUGGAUUGCGUUAUUGUCUCUCAAAGGGUAUGAAGAUGAUUACAACUUACUCGCCCCAUCAAAUUAAUUCCAUAAUCGCCUAUUUGUGGAACGGAAGUUAUCCAAUUAACAUCGGAAUGAUCAGAAAAUUUGACAAAAAAUCUUUUAUGUGGGUUGACGGAAGUACUCUUGAGUUUCUAAAUUGGGAUGAAAAAGAACCAAGUGAUUAUCCGGAGGAUAGAGGAUGUGUUGCCAUUUCUCAAUCAACUGGAAAAUGGAGAACGGUACCCUGCAACUCUGGAGGGCUUACUGUUUGUCAAGCUCCGAAAGUACAGAAAUGAUGUAGUUAUUAAUUUGAAUAAAACGUUAUGGAUAAUUA